CAAAAGAAACGAGAUCAAGCCCGUCGUUUCUCUCGAGAAAAAAGUAGGUUUAGUUAUCCCCUUUAAGAAAUUAAAAACCUAUUGGAGAAGAGAGAUGGUGGAGAUUUGUCGAAUCUCUUAACUCUGCUUUCCUUUUGUUUCUUCUUCUCCAUUUUAGUUCUGUUUUAACUUUUCCUCUGUAAUGGCGUUUUUCAGUACCCAGAUUCUGAAACCCUGAAAGUGAACUAAUUUCAAGAGAAAGGUUUUGUUUUUCCUCUGUUCGUUCGAAAUAGAGAGACAUGGUGGUUUCGGAGCAGAGCCCAGACGUGUUUCCAUGGCUGAAAUCGUUGCCGGUUGCACCAGAGUUCCGACCUACUUUAGCAGAGUUCCAAGAUCCGAUCGCUUACAUUUUCAAAAUCGAAGAGGAAGCUUCAAGAUACGGAAUCUGCAAAAUUGUGCCUCCAGUGCCUCCUCCUUCGAAGAAAACCACGAUUUCUAACCUCAACCGUUCUCUGGCGUCGCUAGCGACGGCGAGGGUUCGUGACGGCGGCGAUGCUUUCGAUUACGACGGUGCCCCCACAUUCGCCACGCGUCAACAGCAGAUCGGGUUUUGCCCUAGGAAGCAGCGACCCGUACAGAGACCAGUGUGGCAGAGCGGAGAGCAUUACAGUUUCGGUGAGUUUGAGUUUAAAGCUAAGAACUUUGAGAAGAAUUAUCUAAGGAAAUGCGGCAAAAAGAGUCAACUUUCUGCCCUAGAAAUCGAAACCCUUUACUGGAGAGCCACAGUGGACAAACCCUUCUCUGUUGAGUACGCAAACGACAUGCCUGGCUCGGCUUUUAUCCCUCUGAGCCUGGCGGCUGCAAGGAGAAGAGAGUCUGGUGGUGAUGGAGGAACAGUUGGUGAGACAGCUUGGAACAUGAGGGCAAUGGCCAGAGCUGAAGGAUCGUUGCUUAAGUUCAUGAAAGAGGAGAUCCCUGGAGUUACAUCUCCAAUGGUGUAUAUUGCUAUGAUGUUUAGUUGGUUUGCUUGGCAUGUGGAAGACCAUGACCUUCAUAGUCUCAAUUACUUGCAUAUGGGUGCUAGUAAGACUUGGUACGGCGUUCCAAAGGAUGCUGCUGUGGCUUUUGAGGAGGUGGUUAGGGUUCAUGGCUAUGGAGGAGAGCUUAAUCCUCUUGUGACAUUUUCAACUCUUGGUGACAAGACAACUGUGAUGUCUCCUGAAGUAUUUGUUAAAGCCGGAAUACCAUGUUGCAGGUUAGUGCAAAAUCCUGGUGAGUUUGUCGUCACUUUUCCAAGAGCAUAUCAUUCGGGGUUUAGUCACGGAUUCAAUUGUGGAGAGGCAUCUAACAUUGCAACUCCCGAGUGGUUGAGAAUUGCAAAAGAUGCUGCCAUCCGGCGAGCUGCUAUAAAUUACCCUCCAAUGGUUUCUCAUCUCCAGUUACUUUAUGACUUUGCAUUGGCUUUGUGUUCAAGAGUGCCAACAAGCAUCCACACCAAACCACGGAGUUCUAGAUUGAAAGAUAAGAAAAGAAGUGAAGGAGAAAAAUUGACUAAAGAGCUAUUUGUGCAAAACAUUAUCCAUAACAAUGAAUUGCUCCGUUCUCUUGGAAAAAGAUCUCCUGUCGCUCUUCUUCCGCAGAGUUCCUCAGAUGUAUCGGUUUGUUCUGACCUCAGAGUUGGAUCCCAUUUGAGAACUAACCAGGAAAGGCCAAUCCAAUUAAAAUCCGAGGACUUCAGUUCUGAUAGUAUUAUGGCCGGACUCAGUAACGGUUUCAAGGAUGUGGUCUCAGUGAAAGAAAAGUUUACAUCUUUGUGUGAAAGGAAUAGAAAUUACCUGGCAAGCAGAGAGAACGAAACUCAAGGAACUUUGACAGAUGCUGAAAGGAAGAAUGACAGAGCAGUUGGGCUUUCGGAUCAGAGGCUUUUCUCUUGUGUCACAUGUGGAAUCUUAUGCUUUGAUUGUGUAGCUAUUGUUCAACCUAAAGAAGCAGCAGCUAGAUAUCUCAUGUCUGCAGAUUGUAGCUUCUUCAAUGAUUGGACAGCUACUUCAGGAUCUGCAAAUCUUGGUCAGGAUUCAAGAUUUUCUGCAGUGAAGCCUCAUUCAGAAAGCACAGGAAAGCAUGAUGUAGAUGACUUCUACAAUGUUCCUGUUCAAACUACGGAUGAAAGAACUUCAACAACUUCUUUAACAAAAGCGCAAAAAGAAGAUGGUGCUCUUGGGUUGUUAGCUUCAGCGUAUGGAGAUUCUUCUGAUUCCGAGGAAGAAGAUCACAAAGGCUUAGAUACUAUUAUCUCGGAAGAGAGAAAGUAUGACCACAAUGGUAUUGAGGAGGCUACAGAUGGUCAAGCUUUUGAUAAUAGCAGUCAAAGACUUUCAUGUGGGAAAGGGAAAGGGGUUGUUGAGGGAUCAAAUGCUGCUGAACAUGAUAGGUUAAGUAAUGGUGGCAGUACAUCAAAUCUGGAAAUAGCUUUCCCCUUUGUUCCAAGAUCUGAUGAUGAUUCCUCUCGGUUGCACGUAUUUUGUCUUGAGCAUGCUGCAGAAGUGGAACAGCAACUCCGUCCUCUAGGAGGGAUUCGCAUUAUGUUACUAUGCCAUCCAGAGUAUCCCAGGAUAGAGGCUGAAGCAAAGAUAGUUGCCGAUGAGCUUGGAGUCAAUCACGAGUGGAAUGAUACUGAAUUCAGGAAUGUGACUCGAGAGGAUGAGGAAAUGAUUCAGGCAGCGUUGGAUAAUGUUGAAGCUAAGGCUGGGAACAGUGAUUGGUCUGUAAAGUUGGGUAUUAACCUUUCUUACAGCGCCAUUCUCAGUCGCUCUCCUCUGUACAGUAAGCAGAUGCCUUACAACUCAGUCAUAUACAAUGCGUUCGGUCGUGGCUCUCCAGCAACGAGCUCACCCACGAAACCCCAAGUUUCUGGUAAAAGAUCUUCCAGACAGAGGAAAUAUGUUGUUGGAAAAUGGUGUGGGAAAGUUUGGAUGUCGCAUCAGGUGCAUCCCUUUUUGCUGCAGCAGGACUUAGAGGGGGAUGAAUCUGAAAGAAGUUGUCAUCUGCGAGGUGCUCUGGAUGAUGAUGUCACUGGAAAGAGAUUGUCUCCUUGUGAUGUUUCUAGAGAUGCAACCACAAUGUUCGGAAGAAAGUAUUGUAGGAAGAGAAAGAUGAGAGCAAAGGCUGUGCCACGCAAGAAGCUUACCUCUUUUAAGAGGGAAGAUGGAGUUUCUGAUGACACCUCAGAAGAUCAUUCUUAUAAGCAGCAAUGGAGGGCUUCAAGGAAUGAGGAAGAGUCUUAUUUUGAAACAGGGAAUACAGUUUCUGGUGAUUCAUCAAAUGAAAUGUCUGAUUCGCAGCUCAAGAGAAUUCGUCGAGACAAGGGUGUUAAAGAGUUUGAGUCAGAUGAUGAGGUUUCAGACCGUUCACUUGGAGAAGAAUAUGCUGUAAGGGAAUGUGCAGUUUCAGAGAGCUCAAUGGAAAAUAACUUUCAGCCAUAUAAACAGUCAGUGGACAGAAAACCCUUGGAGGAUACUGUAUAUGGUCACAAUGAUGAUAUUAUCUACAGGUACCCUAGGGGGAUUCCAAGGAGCAAACGGAAAAAAGUGUUUAGGAAUCCGGUUUCAUAUGAUUCAGAAGAAAAUGACAUUUAUCAGCAACGAAGAAAUAUUCAAGCUACUGGUGAGUAUGUUUCAGCAGAGGAUUCUCUGGAGGAACAAGACUUUUACACUACAGGGAAAAGGCAAACCAGGUCCACAGCUAAACGUAAAGUAAAAACCGAGAUAGUUCAGAGUCGGAGAGACACGAGAUGUCGGACUUUGCAACAAUCUGGAUCCGGAAAGAUGAAUCAAGAAUUGAAUUCAUACAUGGAAGGACCUAGCACACGACUUAGGGUGAGAAAUCAGAACCCUUCAAGAGGGUUUUCAGAAACAAAACCGAAGAAAACUAGUAAGAAAAGAAGAAGUAAUGCUUCCUUCUCCAGAAUUGUAAGUGAAGAAGAGUUGGAAGAAGAAGACAAAGAAGAAGUAGAGAAUGAGGAAGAGGAAUGCGCAGCGUACCGAUGUGACAUGGAGGGUUGCAGAAUGAGUUUCAAUUCUGAGAAACAGUUGUCUCUGCAUAAAAGAAACAUCUGCCCUGUUAAAGGAUGUGGUAAAAACUUCUUCUCGCACAAGUAUUUGGUUCAACACCAGCGUGUUCAUUCAGACGACCGUCCUCUGAAAUGUCCAUGGAAAGGCUGCAAGAUGACGUUCAAGUGGGCUUGGUCUAGAACCGAGCACAUAAGGGUUCACACAGGUGCAAGGCCUUAUGUUUGUGCUGAACCGGGUUGUGAUCAGACAUUUCGGUUUGUCUCUGACUUCAGUAGACAUAAACGGAAGACGGGUCAUUCAGUUAAGAAGGCCAAAAGAAGGUGACUAACUUAGGCUUUAACAUGGAUUCUAUCAUGAAGAGGUUAUUACAUUGUAGUUUAGGGGUUUUUUAAUGCGUAUCUUGAUCUGGUUCUUGUUCUUGUUCCUUUUUAUGGGGGGCUUAACAUUUGGGAGUUUCAUUUGACCAUUGUUGUUUGAGACAGAUGCUCUCUUUGUUGUACCUCUGUCGUCUUCUUAACUACUGGAAUCUACGAA